UCUCUUCCAAUGUGGUUUCUUGGCAGUCGUUGCUGAGGGAAUGGCUCCGCCGCAGAGGAUCCUCUUUCCCCCAGAGAAGAUUUGCAUGGCCUGGCAGCACAGCCAGAGAGCUGGAGCGGGACUGCACAACCUGGGCAACACGUGCUUCCUCAACUCCGUCCUGCAGUGCCUGACCUACACCCCGCCUCUGGCCAACCACCUGCUCUCUGGGGAGCACAGCCGGGCCUGUGGCCAGAAAGGCUUCUGCGUCAUGUGCAGGAUGGAAGUGCACGUUCAACAGGUCCUGCAUUCCUCAGCCAGUGCCAUCGAGCCUUGGGCUGUCGUCGAUUUUCUCACAGAAAUAGGAGAAAAUUUCCAGCAUGGCAGGCAGGAGGACGCCCACGAGUUCUUACGCUGCACCAUGGAUGCCAUGCAGAGAGCUUGUCUGAGAGGAAACAGCGACUUGGACAUGUCCUCUCAAGCAACCACCAUCGUCCAUCAGAUCUUUGGGGGCUUUCUGAGAUCCAGAGUCACAUGCUGGAGCUGCCAAGCGGUUUCCGAUUCCUACGAGGCCUUCCUGGAUGUUCCUCUGGAUAUCAAAGCAGCCGCAUCUGUCACCGCAGCUCUGGAAGACUUUGUGAAACCGGAGCACCUGGAUGGUGAAAACUGCUUUAAAUGUAGCAAGUGUGACAAGGUGACUGCCGCCUCCAAGAGGUUCACGGUCCAUCGCGCGCCCAAGGUUCUCACGGUCUGUCUGAAGAGGUUUGAAGCUUUCACCGGCGACAAGAUCAGCAAGGUGUGUGCACAACUGGAGUGCAACGUUCUCUUCCUGGAGCGGGUUUCCCAAAGCCGGACGCUCUGUCACAAGCUUCUCAUGUUGAGAUUUUCACGUUCCCUUCUGGGGACACUUCCUGUGAGAAGACAAGUGUGUCCUCUGCUCCCACAGAGCUGCUUUGGUCCAGAUGAGUUUCCUGACGUCGUGGAGUAUCCCCAGUACCUGGAUCUUCGCCCGUACAUGUCUCAGGCAGCCGGAGAACCGCUCCUCUACUCCUUAUACGCCGUCCUGGUGCACGGAGGUGGCAGCUGCCGUGCAGGACACUACUUCUGCUACAUAAAGGCCAGUGAUGGACUGUGGUACCACAUGGACGACAAGUCUGUGGAUCUUUGCGACAGUGACACAGUCCUCAGGCAGCAAGCCUAUUUACUGUUUUACAUCAGUUGGACAAAGGGCUUCUUCCUCGCCAGCACCACCAGAAGCCCGUUCCCUCCUCAGUCAGUGGGCGGCCGGCAGCAAGCAGUGAAGUUCUCAGUGUGCCAGAGCACCUGGGAGACCUCUGACCCUUUCCUGGGCCUGGUGCUGGAGAUCAGCGUCUCUGAUCAGGUGAAAAAAGCUGUGACCAACAGACCCAGGUCUUCACCAGUGACAGGCCAGGAAUCAGGCUGUGGCAUGGACCUCCCUGCUACAUCCAGCACCAAGAUGGGUGCACCGAAAGACUACAAACUGGCAAAAUUGAAAUCGUCCCUGUUGGCCAGUGCUGCUCUGGAGCUGAACAUCACCAUGUCGUCACCAGCACCAGCCAUGAAGCUGGUGCUUUCUGCCAAAAAGUGA